AAUUUUGUACCCAUAGGAAGAAGUUGGGGCUCGACACUGAAAAUUUGGAAGAGCCCAUAACCAAUCGAAUGGAUGUGGCAGUGACAUCUUCUUCGCCAUUGUUCUUCUCAUAUCGAACACCUGCUCUAUCUUCUUCUUCUUCUUCAAUUUCAUUACCAAAAGCAGCACUAGCUCAUAAUCAUCGUCAUGUUCAAACGAAUGCGAUUCGUCCCAAGAGAACAUCUUUACCGGCAGCAAUUUCUUCCUCCCCAAUUUCGACGGCUACUAUGGACUGCGAAAUCGAACUGGAGAAUAGAAAAUUUGAUUUACUCUCUGUUGUUAAUGACACCAAUCGUGGCCUUGCCGCUACUCCAGAUCAACGCUCUUCCAUCGAGGAGGCCCUAGUGAGGGUGGAAAGCUUUGAUGCCGGAGAGCCAGUCGAGUUGGAUAUAUUGGACGGCACAUGGCGUUUGCAGUAUACAUCCGCCCCUGAUGUCCUCAUUCUCUUUCAAUCCGCUGAAACUCUUCCCUUCCUUCAGGUUGGGCAAAUUUUUCAGAAGUUUGAAUGCAAGGAUAAAAAUGGCCAAGGUAUUGUUCGCAAUGUAGUUAGAUGGAGCAUCCCCAAUUUUCUCGAGGAGCAUGAAGGUGCGACACUGCUUGUGUCAGCAAAAUUUUCAGUUGUUUCUAAGCGUAACAUCUACCUUGAGUUUGAAGAGAUAACCAUUCAGAACAUACAGAUCAGCGAAGAGUUGCAAGCUCUAAUAGCUCCAGCAUUACUACCACGGACCUUUCUGAGUUUACAGAUCUUGCAGUUUAUCAAAACUUUCAGAUUUCAAGUUCCUGUCAACAGUCCGCAGAGGCGGUCUGCAGGCGGGCUAUAUUACCUUUCGUACCUGGAUAGCAAUAUGCUUUUAGGCCGUGCAGUUGGAGGUGGUGGUGUUUUCGUUUUCACUAGGGCUCAUGCUUCUAUCUGAUAGGAGCAAGUUAUCAAGGAAAUGAACGUGUGCGUUUCACUUACCUUUCCGAUACAUAAGGGGAGGAAGAAAGAAGGGGAUGAAGAAGAAGAGAAAAAGAAUGAAUUUUGGAUAAACUGUAGAUAUAUUGGUUUCAAUAUCACUGUAUACUCAAAUUAAGUUAUCGGUAUUCUUGAAGAAAAGUUUAUCCUAUUUAUCACUGAAUCAAUGUCGAUCAUUUCCUUCAAUAGUUGUGCUGAAGGUAAGAAUGCUUAGUGAUACUACUAAGCUUGCUUUUGA